AUGAGCGACAAGCCAUCAGCUUAUCCUCCAUCUUCAGAUACACCCGUUGUCGCUCAUGUCGUCGACUUUGCAGCAGUCGGUCUGCCAGAAUACAGUCAACGCUAUGCACUCGUCCUUGAUGGCCUCUUUUCACCCGCAGAGUGCGCAUGGCUUCUUCAGCAAGCAGUCCUCUCCACCUCCACCGAGAAUCCAUGGCAGAUCGCCCAGCUCAAUGCGGGUGUAGGAACCCAGUACACAAAUACAGACGUCCGCAACUCGUUGCGUAUCAUCCUCGACUCUCCCGACCUCGCAGACUGGGUAUUGAACAAACUACGCCCACACUUGGGGGACAUAGAGGCCAUACGCGGUGCUCCCAUGCACAAAUUGAUGGCACAUGGAGAUUGGGUGGCAAAGAGAAAGGCCCUGGGAGAGGUAGAGACCGUACGGGAGAACCCAGAAGAAGUACCCCUUGGCAGACCAUCCCGCAAAGUAAAGGCAAAGAUCGCCGAACCAGAUGCACAUCUCACCCGUCUCAACGAACGCCUCCGCUUUCUCAAGUAUACACCCGGCCAGUUCUUCAAGCCGCACUACGACGGCUGCUACUAUACGCCCGACAGAAAGGAGAUGAGCUACAUGACGCUCCAGAUCUACCUCAAUGGACCCAUGCCAGAGGGUGUGGAUUCCGCAAUGGACGGUUGGGACUUUGUGGAUCCAGAGUGCUCGGUCCACGAGAGCGAGCCGCUCAAGGGAGGUGCCACGCGUAUAUUCUCCGAGGAUAGCAUGCGCAAUAGUACAACCAAAAAGGACAAGUACUACGACGUAGAGCCACGUAUGGGUCGUGUCCUCGUCUUUGAGCAAGAGGAUCUCAUUCAUUCCGGCGAGGAGAUUGUGAGCGGUGUCAAGUAUACGAUGCGAACAGACUUUAUGUACUCGCUCUAG